AUGGGGCACCUGUUUGGGCACCUGUCUGGACCCAAGGAGCGUCAGCUGGGCGACUGCUCGCAGUCCCCCGCACCUUCCUCCAGCAGAGCCAAGGGCGUCACCGCACCGGUGACGCUGCAUGCGCGGGUGGCGGAAUUGAAUCGAAAACUGGAAGAGAUCUUCAAGAGCUCCAAGUCUUCGCCAAAGUUGCAGGAGCUGGAGCAAGGCCUCGAUGAAUUGGAAGACUGGCUUCAAGCGCAACAUGCCGGAACCUCCCAAAUCUUGUUGCAUGCAAGUACCAAGAAGAACUAUGUGGUGCAGCAUGCGCAGCAGUUGCAGGACUUUGCCAAAGAGCUCAAGGAAGUGGAGGCGCUGGAGAGCUAUGUGAACACCCCAUCGCUACGUGAGCUGCCCGCCUAUGGGGAUCGCUUGAGAAAGGUCGACGCCAACAGCGCGGUAAUGGUGGGGUCAGCGGCCGCACUUCACGAUCAAGUGGGGCGUUUGGCAGAAGAUUACUACGCGGCGAUGACGUCUUUGAACGAGCAGUUGCUUUCUUGGGACCGAUUGUUGCAGGAGAAGAUUGGCACGGGCGUUUGA